GGAUUUAGAAAAUUAAAGAAAAAAGAAGGGGGAAAUCUGAAUGUGGGGUCCACCUACUCCAGCAGGACCACCACCCAGCUUAUAAAAACCCUCUCUUUCUCUCUCUCCUUUCCCCAUUUUCACUUCAGUACCAGCUUCACUCCACCUUUCCCAACUUUCUCUCUCUAAAACCUCUGUACAAAAGAAAAAAUCUCACAUACACACGGAGAACCCUAAUUUUUAUCUGAUCUGAUCAAUAAAAAAAUUAAAGUUCCGAGAUCGAGAACCGAAAGCAACAAAAAUCCAUAUUCCUUCCUUUAAUUUUGAUCUUUCUCCACGUUAAAAGCUUAACAAAGGAACAACAAUGGUAGACGUGGACCGAAGGAUGACCGGCCUGAACCCCGCGCAUGUCGCCGGACUCCGCCGUCUCUCCGCACGCGCCGCCUCGUCCGCCCCCUCCACGCCUCUCCCGCCGCGCAACAGCCUCUUCUCCUUCACUUCACUCGCCGACAAACUAAUCACCCACCUGAAGAACUCGGGCAUCCCGGUCCAGCCCGGUUUGACCGAGUCGGAGUUCGCCGUAGCUGAAGCAGAGUUUGGAUUCGCCUUCCCACCGGACUUGAAAGCCGUCCUGUCAGCCGGUUUGCCUCUGGGAGCCGGCUUCCCCGACUGGCGAUCGUCCGGCUCGGCUCGGCUUCACCUCCGCGCCUCCAUUGAUCUCCCCAUAGCUUCGAUUUCCUUCCACAUAGCUCGAAAUACUCUCUGGUCGAAAUCAUGGGGCCAACGCCCCUCCGACCCGGAGAAGGCCCUUAAAAUAGCCCGAAAUGCUUUGAAACGGGCCCCGCUUUUGAUACCCGUUUUCAACCAUUGUUAUAUCCCGUGUAACCCUUGUCUCGCUGGAAACCCUAUUUUCUACGUCGACGAAUAUCGGAUCUUCUGCUGCGGCUUCGAUUUGUCCGAUUUUUUCGACCGUGAAUCCACCCUAUUCCGUCAAAGCCCCAACCCGAGUGUUCUCACCAAGCAGCGCUCCGUAAAUGAAAAGUCCGUCGGAUCGUCGACCAACUUUUCCAGGAGGAGCCUGGACGCAAUUUCCGGGGGACGAACUCCGCGGUGGGUGGAGUUCUGGAGCGACGCGGCGGUGGAUCGCCGCCGGAGGAACUCGAAUUCGUCGGCGUCGUCAUCGUCGUCGCCGGACAGGUACAUCGAGAUGCCGAGAGCCGAGACGCCGAAAUGGGUCGACGACUACGUGAACCGAAUCGGGUCGGUUUUGAGAGAAGGCGGGUGGGCCGAAUCCGACGUGUCGGAGAUCGUACAGGUGUCGGCUUCGGGAUUCUUCGAAGGCGAGAUGGUGAUGCUGGACAAUCAGUCGGUGAUGGAUGCUCUGCUGUUGAAAACGGAUCGGUUUUCCGAUUCGCUCCGGAAAGCCGGGUGGAGCUCCGAAGAGGUGUCGGAUGCGCUAGGGUUUGAUUUCCGACGGGAGAAGGAAAAGAAACCGGUAAAGAAGCUGUCGCCGGAGUUGGCGGAGAGAAUCGGGAAACUGGCUGAGGCGGUGAACCGGUCAUCAUCGUCGUCCGCGUCGUCAUCAUAGUUUGAACCGGCAAACAUCGAGAUUCUUUUCGGCUUUUGUUUUUUUCAGUUUUUCGAAGCCUCGGGUUUGGGUUUUUUGCCUCAAUUUGGUACAAACUUUUGAUUUAGGGAAAAAGAAGAAAAAAAGAAAUUAAAUUACUACUAUACUUGUUAAUGAAAUAUCAAAGCAGAAUAUAUUAAACAUUUGCUAAUUCAAAUUCAAAAUUAUAUUAUUUAAUUA